AUGACAGUCGAAGAGAUAUAUCAGGCCCGCGCCUCAAUCGAGACAGGCAUCAACCCUAUGUCAGAGCACCCAUUCCACCACCUUCUUGGCAUACGGAAGGGCCGUCCAGACCCCAUACAGGGACUCAGUAAAGUGAAAGAGGAACGGGGUCACAAAACCGAAGACUGCAUAGCUCUACGGCAAGAAGUAAUGAAUAUGCUAAACCAAGGACACCUGAAAGAGCUGAUGAGUGAUCGAGGAAAAGCCAACUUUGGCCGUGGACGAGAACAACACCAAGGCCCUCCAAAGUCACCCUCUCCUACCCGCACCAUUCAAAUGAUCAUCGGCGGAGGCGAUGAAACAACAAUCAACCACAUAAAGUUUGCCACCAUGCAUAAGCUAAAGCGGUCAAUCAUCCACAAGCGGUAUGAUGACCUCGGAGAAAGUAUCAUCUUCGAUAAGUCAGAUACCAACGUUUUGAUCUUUCCUCACUCUGAUGCCCUCGUUAUUACUUUACGUAUUUCAAACACUAAUAUUAAAAGAAUAAUGGUAGACGACUGA